UUCCCAAAGGUUUCUGGGAAGGGCAGGCUGGUACUCAAGGAAGGACUACGAAUCCCAGCAAGCAGUUCGAGACUCGAAGUCACAGGAGGAGGAGGAGCUCGGAGCCGUCGGGCCCUGCGGAGCCAGGUACCCUCUUUGGCAACAGUAUCUGGCGGAGGUGGCCAUGGGGAAGCAUUACUUCUGUGACUACUGCAACCGCUCCUUCCAGGACAACCUCCACAACCGCAAGAAGCACCUGAAUGGGCUACAGCACCUCAAGGCCAAGAAGGUCUGGUAUGACAUGUUUCGAGAUGCAGCUGCCAUCUUGCUAGAUGAACAGAACAAGCGGCCGUGUAGGAAGUUUCUGCUGACAGGCCAGUGUGACUUUGGCUCCAACUGCAGAUUUUCCCACAUGUCAGAGAGAGAUCUGCAAGAGCUGAGUAUCCAGGUGGAAGAAGAGAGGCGGGCCAGGGAGUGGCCACUAGAUGUCGUCGAGCUCCCUGAGGGCCAUCUGGAAGACUGGUUGGAAAAGAGAGCAAAGCGGUUGAGCUCAGCCCCAAGCAGCAGGGCCGAGCCCAUGAGAAACACCAUCUUCCAGUACCCCAUAGGCUGGCCACCAGUCCAGGAGCUGCCUCCAUCCCUGCGGGCACCCCCACCCGGGGGGUGGCCCCUGCAGCCCAGCGUCCAGUGGGGCUGAGCCCCUCAUCCUCAUCUGACCCCCAUCUGGUCAGCGUUUGUGUCAGUCACGAGAAAGAUAAGGGCUCAUACUGGGGACACCGAGGCCCGCUCCCACUGCACGCUGUGGAGCCUCUGAAACCAUUGGCUUGGCCUGGCUUGACUGAGGCCCCAGAGUCUCCAUACCAGGUACAGCCCUGGUCCUAGCUCUGCUCCAGGCAGCUCCACCCUCCCUCCCUCCCUCAUGGGACAUCUUGAGAAGAUGGGUGAGAAAACUUCCUUCCGGAUGUUUAUAAAGAAAGUCUUUCACCAUG